CCGCCGAAAGGCUUGAAAUACGGGAGGCAGAAGGGGAAGCAGCGGAGGCGACGGCAAAGCACCACCACAGCCAUGAGGGAGAUCGUGCACAUCCAGGCGGGUCAGUGUGGCAACCAAAUUGGAACCAAGUUUUGGGAAGUGAUCAGUGACGAGCACGGGAUUGACCCGGCCGGAGGCUACGCUGGUGACUCAGCUUUGCAGCUGGAGAGGAUCAGUGUCUACUACAAUGAAUCAUCCGCCCAAACAUAUGUACCCAGAGCAAUUUUGGUGGACUUGGAACCAGGAACCAUGGAUAGUGUUCGAUCUGGCCCUUUUGGACAACUCUUUCGGCCUGAUAAUUUUAUCUUUGGACAAACAGGUGCUGGAAAUAACUGGGCCAAAGGACAUUAUACCGAAGGAGCAGAACUUGUAGAUUCAGUGCUUGAUAUUGUGAGAAAAGAAUGUGAACACUGUGAUUGUUUGCAAGGAUUUCAGCUCACUCAUUCUCUUGGAGGAGGAACAGGUUCUGGAAUGGGAACACUUCUCAUCAGCAAAAUUCGAGAGGAAUAUCCAGAUAGGAUUAUGAAUACAUUUAGUGUCAUGCCAUCUCCCAAAGUGUCUGACACUGUGGUAGAACCAUAUAAUGCCACUCUCUCAGUCCAUCAGCUGGUUGAAAACACGGAUGAAACCUACUGUAUUGAUAAUGAAGCGCUGUAUGAUAUUUGCUUCCGUACUUUGAAGCUUACCACUCCAACAUAUGGAGAUCUCAACCAUUUGGUGUCUGCCACAAUGAGCGGGGUGACAACAUCACUGCGUUUUCCUGGCCAACUAAAUGCAGAUUUACGCAAGUUGGCAGUAAAUAUGGUUCCAUUCCCACGCUUACACUUCUUUAUGCCUGGAUUUGCUCCUUUGACUGCCCGAGGCAGCCAGCAGUACAGAGCACUUACAGUUCCAGAGCUCACUCAGCAAAUGUUUGAUGCCAAAAACAUGAUGGCAGCUUGUGAUCCAAGACAUGGACGAUAUCUGACAGUGGCCACAGUCUUCCGAGGCCCCAUGUCCAUGAAAGAAGUUGAUGAACAGAUGCUGGCCAUCCAGAACAAGAACAGUAGCUACUUUGUAGAAUGGAUCCCAAAUAAUGUCAAAGUGGCUGUUUGUGAUAUAGCGCCUCGUGGCCUCAAAAUGGCCUCUACUUUUAUCGGAAACAGCACCGCCAUUCAAGAGCUCUUCAAAAGAAUUUCAGAGCAGUUCUCGGCCAUGUUUAGGAGAAAGGCUUUUCUUCACUGGUUUACUGGUGAAGGUAUGGAUGAGAUGGAAUUUACAGAAGCAGAAAGCAACAUGAAUGAUCUAGUUUCUGAGUACCAGCAGUAUCAAGAAGCAACAGCAAACGAUGGAGAAGAAGCAUUUGAAGAUGAUGAGGAAGAAGUUAAUGAAUAAGCUUAAUACAGUUAAUAAAGUUAAUUCUCAAGUCUGAA